UUAUAAAUUGUUAAAAAUAGAUUUGUUCAUAUUAAGUUCGUGUAAACAUUUUCCAUGUAAUAUUUUUGGCUUUUCGUGCGGGGCUGUACACUCCGUUUGGAUAAGCCCAAAUUUAUAUUCAUUUAGAUGAUGUCUGGCGAAACUAAAACGGUAAUAAAGGGAAAUUCAUCCAAAUAUGUAAAGUUGAAUGUUGGAGGGUCCCUCCACUAUACAACGAUUGGGACCCUCACCAAACAAGACACAAUGUUGAGGGCCAUGUUCAGCGGCAGAAUGGAGGUCCUAACAGACUCUGAAGGUUGGAUAUUGAUCGACAGGAAUGGUCGUCACUUUGGCCCAAUUCUAAAUUUUCUACGAGAUGGCUCGAUACCCCUUCCCGAGACUAGGAGAGAGCUGCAAGAGCUUUUACAAGAGGCAAAGUAUUACCUGGUACAGGAUCUUGUAAAUCUUGUUGAAGCAGCCCUUAGCAAUCUGGACAAGAGUGUGGAACCAGUUUGCAAAGUACCACUAAUUACUUCCCAUCGUGAGGAGCAGCAUCUCAUUUCAUCUACACAAAAGCCUGUGGUGAAGUUGAUAUGCAAUCGCCACAACAAUAAGUAUUCUUACACAAGCAACUCUGAUGACAACUUGUUGAAAAAUUUGGAGUUAUUUGAUAAGCUUUCCUUGAGGUUCAACAGGAGGGUCCUGUUCAUAAAAGAUGUGAUUGGCAGCAAUGAGAUCUGCUGCUGGUCAUUUUUUGGGCACGGAUCAAAGAUUUCAGAAGUUUGUUGUACUUCCAUUGUCUAUGGAACAGAUAAGAAGCACACAAAGGUUGAGUUUCCUGAGGCAAGGAUAUUUGAGGAAACCCUAAAUGUUCUGUUGUACGAAAACCGGACGGGACCGGACGAUGAUCUGAUGCAGGCCACCAGGAAAGGAACGGUAACCGGCCAUGGUUACCAUAGUGACGAUGAUGCUGACGAAAAACUGGACAGAGAGGUCCGAAUGAGAAGAAAAUAGGUCAACCCAGAAUAUAGAAUGGUUAUUCACACAUUUCAAUCUUUCUGAAAAGAUUUUCUUUUAAAUGUCAUCAAAACAGGAGGAAAACUUUACAGGAAUACAUGUAUUCCUUUUUGUAGGAGUUCACUUAUUUAAAUUGAAACUUUUUUUUGGGAAACUGAAAAGCAGAUUGGUACUGAUGUUUUUUAGCAUAUAUAUAAAUGUAGCUCUUUGUUAAACUUGUUCAGACUGUUUUCCCUGGCUUUAGGCAAAAAUUGCUUUUUAUGUUUCACAAACAAUGAAAUCAUGAAUAUUUGAAGAACUUCAUGGAACUUGUUCAAGACUGAACUAUGAUUUCAGUUCUUAUACAUGAACCAGUAUAUCUUGAACUGUAACAUUUAGAACACCUUCAUAAAAAAGACAUUUUUUCUGAAACAGAAAUAAAAUGGAAAAUCAGAAAUUUAUUUAUAAAUGUACAUUGUGAAUUUUUUUUUUUUGUUAGUAACAAAGAAGUUGGAGUUGUUUUUAUUAUUUAUCGACUCUCUUGAAUGACCUUUAGUCUCCUCCUUGAGAGAUAUAACACAACAUAUUUAUAAAUGCACGGAAACUGUAAAGUUAGUUUGGUGUAUUGAACUAUGUAGAUCGUAUGUUGAGCUGUUGACCAAUGUUAAAAAUGCUGUGCAGUUCCUCUUCAACAGACAAACAAGAUCCUUAAUUCAAAGUAUUAUCCUUAAACUAGUAACUGUUUUAGAAAUGAAUAAAUCUGCUACCUAGGUCUUUGUUGUGAUGUUUGCAUGGUGACCAUGCAGCUUUUGUUUACUCCAUGUUGGAGAAUAAAAUGUUGAAAAAACAAA